GGCCGCGGGGGCUGGCGGUGGCUCCUCGCCUGGCUGCGGCGGCAGCAGCCCCAGUGCUGCCCCUGUGCGGCGCCCCUUCCCCGCCUCGCCGCGCACUGUUGUCAUGGAGGAACCAAGAUGGCGGCUCUGGCCUACAACCUGGGCAAGCGGGAGAUCAACCACUACUUCAGCGUGAGGAGCGCCAAGGUACUGGCGCUGGUGGCCGUGCUGCUCCUCGCUGCCUGCCACUUCGCCUCCCGCCGCUAUCGAGGCAGUGAUUCAUGUGAAUAUCUUCUCUCAAGUGGCAGAUUUCUUGGAGAGAAAGUUUGGCAACCUCACAGUUGUAUGAUGCAUAAAUACAAAAUCAGUGAAGCAAAGAGCUGCCUCAUAGAUAAACAUAUUGCUUUCAUUGGAGAUUCCAGAAUUCGUCAAUUGUUUUAUUCUUUUGUAAAAAUAAUUAAUCCACAAUUCAAAGAAGAAGGAAAUAAGCAUGAAAACAUUCCUUUUGAAGACAAGAUUGCAUCAGUUAAAGUUGAUUUUCUGUGGCACCCAGAAGUUAAUGGUUCUAUGAAACAAUGUAUCAAAGUGUGGACUGAGGAUUCUGUUGCAAAGCCCCAUAUAAUUGUAGCAGGAGCUGCCACAUGGUCCAUCAAGAUUCACAAUGGUAGCAGUGAAGCACUUGCCCAGUAUAAAAUGAACGUUACUUCCAUAGCACCACUUUUAGAAAAAUUGGCAAAGACUAGUGAUGUUUAUUGGGUCUUACAAGAUCCUGUUUAUGAAGAUCUGUUAAGUGAAAAUAGAAAAAUGAUCACCAAUGAGAAGAUUGACGCCUACAAUGAAGCUGCAGUCAGUGUUUUGAAUAGUAGCGCCAGAAAUUCAAAAUCAAAUGUUAAGAUGUUCAGUGUUUCCAAACUAAUUGCUCAAGAAACUAUCAUGGAGUCUGUGGAUGGCUUACAUCUUCCUGAAUCAAGCAGAGAAACUAGUGCAAUGAUUCUUAUGAACGUGUAUUGCAAUAAGAUUUUGAAGCCUAUAGAUGGUUCCUGUUGUCAACCUCUGCCUCCUCUUACCCUCAUGCAGAAGCUAGCUGCUUGCUUUUUCACCUUAUCUAUUAUUGGAUAUCUAAUUUUUUAUAUAAUUCAUCGUAAUGCUCAUCGGAAGAGUAAGCCAUGUACUGAUUUGGAAGGUGGAGAGGAAAAGAAAAAUAUUAUCAAUAUCCCUGUGUCUCCAUUGGAAAUACUUUUACAGUCUUUCUGCAAACUUGGCCUAAUUAUGGCUUAUUUCUACAUGUGUGACCGUGCAAAUCUAUUUAUGAAGGAAAACAAAUUUUAUACGCAUUCAUCUUUCUUUAUUCCAAUUAUCUACAUCUUGGUUUUGGGAGUAUUUUACAAUGAAAAUACUAAAGAGACUAAAGUAUUAAAUAGAGAACAGACAGAUGAAUGGAAAGGCUGGAUGCAACUUGUUAUUUUGAUUUAUCACAUCUCUGGAGCAAGUACAUUUUUGCCUGUGUAUAUGCACAUUCGAGUUCUGGUUGCUGCAUAUCUAUUUCAAACAGGUUAUGGACAUUUCUCAUACUUUUGGAUCAAAGGAGACUUUGGAAUCUAUAGAGUAUGUCAGGUCUUAUUUCGUCUCAAUUUCCUCGUAGUGGUAUUAUGUAUAGUAAUGGAUCGACCUUACCAAUUCUACUACUUUGUCCCCUUGGUCACUGUAUGGUUCAUGGUCAUAUAUGUUACUCUAGCACUAUGGCCACAGAUAAUCCAAAAAAAGGCAAAUGGAAAUUGUUUCUGGCAUUUUGGCUUACUGUUGAAGCUAGCAUUCUUGCUGUUUUGUAUAUGUUUUUUGGCAUAUUCUCAGGGGGCAUUUGAGAAGAUCUUUUCUCUUUGGCCAUUGUCCAAGUGUUUCGAACUGAGAGGGAAUGUGUACGAAUGGUGGUUCAGAUGGAGGUUAGACCGUUACGUAGUCUUUCAUGGAAUGUUGUUUGCUUUCAUUUAUCUGGCAUUACAGAAGCGCCAAGUACUUUCUGAAGGAAAGGGUGAACCUCUUUUUUCAAACAGAGUUUCAAAUUUUCUAUUAUUUUUUUCAGUAGUUUCUUUCUUGACCUACUCCAUCUGGGCCAGCAGUUGUAAAAACAAAGCAAAGUGCAAUGACCUCCAUCCAUCUGUUUCUGUGGUACAGAUUUUAGCCUUCAUCCUAAUAAGGAACAUCCCUGGAUAUGCUCGUUCAGUGUAUAGUUCAUUUUUUGCUUGGUUUGGAAAAAUUUCAUUAGAGCUUUUUAUUUGCCAAUAUCACAUAUGGCUGGCUGCAGACACAAGGGGCAUCUUGGUGCUCAUACCUGGAAACCCUAUGGUCAACAUCAUUGUCAGCACUUUUAUAUUUGUUUGUGUAGCACAUGAAAUUUCUCAGAUCACUAAUAAUCUUGCACAGAUUAUUAUCCCUAAAGAUAACUCAUCACUGUUGAAAAGGUUGGCAUGCAUAGCUGCAUUUUUUUGUGGACUCCUAAUCUUAUCAUCCAUUCAAGAAAAAUCAAGACAGUAGCUUCUUAAAAUCCUAAAAAACUUAAACUUUUCAGGCUUACUUUGUAUCUGCCUAGAGGAGAAAAGCACCUAUCUGGAGAUAUAAUGUAUAUAUGAAUAAUAAACUUGCGUGACAGAGGACAGCUCAGUGGCGUCUGUUGAACACGUGUGCUUGUAUAUAUUGGAAAUGUACAUAUUCCAUGUGACAUACUGAAAAAAAAAAAUGAUAAA